CUUUCACCAUCGAGACUCCCACACCCACAAAGGCUGCGUCUUUCACACCCUGUUUGAUUGUCGUACUUCUUUGUCGCGCACUGUAAUAGUCCAGAAUUCAACAUGACAACAGCACCGUGGCAGACCGGCUCGCCGGCAUUCACACCAGUCACUGCUCGCCGAACACUAACUCGUCCUGCUCCAGCGGUCGAACUCACAGCCCCUCAAGCUCCUCCAACUCAGCCGCAAGCCACCGUUAAGAUCGAGUGGCCACAGCCUGUACGCGAAUACGUUGGCCGUGCCUUCGCAUCCACAUCUACCCCCGACGGCAUCGAAGACGCUGCCAUCAGCGCAAAACUGAGAUCCAUCAUCACACAAGCAGCCGAAGCCAACCUCCUCGCUGUCAUCGACUGGCCAAACCACCCACUUCCACGAGAGAUUCUCCGCGCCGAAAGAAACGCCGCCCUCAUGAAUGCCUCGAAAAAACGAAAGUCCAUGGACGUGGAGUCCGCUCUUGACGCUUCGUCACCCAUUCCUCCAUGGAGAGUGAAGAACCUCUCCCUUGCCGAUCGCAUCACAAAUCCCAGCCCCGACAAGCGUCAGAAAAAAGCCGACCAGUUCCGUGCCACUGCCCCUCCCAGUAAGUUGAGCGACCUCGAGAAACGAAGGCAGCGUUUUCAGCUCGGCAACCAAGGUCCUGCUUCUCCUUUCAUCUCUUCUCCUCGUGACGACUCUCCCAUGCCCGACGCCAACGACGGUCCCUGUGUCGGCACAUGUCAAGUGCUUGAGAAGAAUUACUUCCGUCUCACCGCCCCUCCCAAGCCCGAAACCGUCCGUCCCCUUCACAUUCUCAAACAAACUCUCGACCUUCUCAUCAAGAAGUGGAAAGAUGAGCACAACUACGGGUACAUCUGCGAUCAGUUCAAGUCUUUAAGACAGGAUCUCACUGUCCAGCACAUCAAGAAUGACUUUACCGUCCGCGUGUACGAGGCUCACGCGCGCAUAGCUCUGGAAAAGGGGGAUCUGGGUGAGUAUAAUCAGUGUCAGACUCAACUUCGUACUCUGUACAAGAUGAAGUUGCGCGGUUCCCCUGGUGAAUUUUUGGCUUAUCGCAUCCUCUACACUCUCUAUACCUGUAACCGCCAGACCAUGAACGACGUUUUGGCAGACUUAACCCCAGCAGACAAGCAGCACGCCCCAGUCAAGCAUGCACUAGAUGUGCGAGCCGCGUUGGCUACAGGCAACUAUCACAGAUUUUUUAGGUUGUUCAACGAAUCGCCAAACAUGGGUGGUUAUCUAAUGGACAUGUUCGUCAACCGAGAACGGGUGGCUGCCCUAGCUGUCAUUUGCAGAUCAUUCCGUGCUGAUGUCAAGGUAUCUUUCUUGACGGAAGAGCUGGCGUUCAAUAGUGACGAGCACUGCAAGCAAUUCAUCUGCGAGAUGGGUGCAUCGAAUGUUCUUGAAGACAAAGCAGAUGGUGCUCGCUUUGCUUGUGCGAAGGCAGCCCCUGUGUUUGAAGCCGCCAAGAGCGGUGCAUACCGUGUCGAUAUCAAGGGCCAGAUCUGAGCGACUAUCAUUGCUACAAGUGGGUACGUGGGACAACGGCUAGCAACGGAGUUCGAAGCUCCCUGCUAUGCAAACAACCCUUGCUACGGUAUAUCUGUUGUGUCGCGGAUCUAUAUACAUCUCGACCACCAAAGACAUCUCUCAAGGCUUCCUAGUAUCGUCUAUACAUCUGUCAGGCAUGACGUGCACUGUUGGUGCCAGGCACGAUUUCGUCUUAUGGAGGAUGAGCACCCAAGCAGUCUUCAGCCUCCGAGCCAUAUCUGAUUUCAGUCGAUCUGGCAGGCCCGGCACUUUUGGCAGUUCUUAGCCUUAUGCAGAUCGAUUCCCUUCAACUUGGAUAAUCAAGCAUCUGACGACUUGCAACCCAAAGCGAGGC